AUGUCGGACCUCGCGAACCGCAAGGUCUUCAAGGUCUUCAACCAGGAGUUUGUCGUUGACGAGCGGUACAAUGUGACCAAGGAACUGGGCCAGGGCGCCUACGGCAUCGUCUGCGCCGCAACAAACAACCAGACGGGCGAGGGCGUCGCCAUCAAGAAGGUCACCAACGUCUUCAGCAAGAAGAUCCUCGCCAAGCGUGCCCUGCGCGAGAUCAAGCUGCUGCAGCACUUCAGGGGACACCGCAACAUCACAUGUCUCUACGAUAUGGACAUCCCCCGCCCAGACAACUUUAACGAGUGCUACCUCUACGAAGAGCUCAUGGAGUGCGAUCUGGCAGCUAUCAUUCGCUCCGGCCAGCCCCUCACCGACGCCCAUUUCCAGUCCUUCAUCUACCAGAUCCUGUGCGGUCUGAAGUACAUCCACUCCGCGAACGUCCUCCACCGCGACUUGAAGCCUGGUAACCUGCUUGUGAACGCCGACUGCGAGCUCAAGAUCUGCGAUUUCGGUCUGGCCAGAGGCUUCUCAAUGGACCCGGAGGAGAACGCCGGAUACAUGACCGAGUACGUUGCCACUCGUUGGUACAGAGCGCCCGAGAUCAUGUUGAGUUUCCAGAGCUACACAAAAGCCAUCGACGUAUGGUCGGUAGGCUGCAUCCUCGCCGAACUGCUCGGCGGCAAGCCCUUCUUCAAGGGCCGCGACUACGUCGACCAGCUGAAUCAGAUCCUGCACUACCUCGGGACGCCCAACGAAGAAACCUUGUCCCGCAUCGGCUCGCCCCGCGCCCAAGAGUACGUCCGCAACCUCCCGCGCAUGCAGAAGAUGACCUUCCAAUCCCUCUUCCCCAACGCCAACCCCGACGCGCUAGACCUGCUGGACCGCCUCCUCGCCUUCGACCCUAGCAGCCGCAUCAGCGUCGAAGAAGCGCUUGAGCACCCCUAUCUGCAGAUCUGGCACGACCCGUCCGACGAGCCGAGUUGCCCGACGACGUUCGACUUCCAGUUCGAAGUCGUCGACGAGAUCCCAGAUAUGAAGCGCAUGAUCCUCGAUGAGGUAAACCGCUUCCGCCAGAUGGUCCGCGUGCAGCCCAGUGCCGGCGCAGGGCAGCCGCAGCCGGGCCAGCAGGUCCCGAUCCCAAACAACUACGACCGCGCGGGCUAUGAGGAUCCCCGGCCGCAAGAGGCGUUCCAGCAGCAGGGGCAGUGGAACGAUCUCGAGAGAGACUUGCAGGGCCUCGAUGGAAGGAUGAGAUAG